GCAUAUCUUUCAUAUACCAAAGUGGAUCCAGACUCUUUAGAUCAUGAGAGCAAAGAGGAAGAACAGUUUGCACUAGAGAUACUUCCAGAUAUCCUGGAAAAGCACUACGGAUACAAACUCUUUGUUCCAGACAGAGAUAUGAUCCCCAGUGGCACAUAUAUGGAAGACCUUGCCAGAUGUGUGGAGCAAAGUAGAAGGUUAAUUAUAGUGCUAACGCCAGAUUACGUCAUCAGAAGAGGCUGGAGUAUUUUUGUGCUGGACAGCAGACUCCAUAACAUGUUGACCAGUGGUGAAAUUAAAGUCAUAAUAAUAGAAUGCACCAACCUGAGGGAAAAGUGAACUAUCAAGAGGUGGAAUCACUAAAACACGCCAUCAAACAUCAGUCACUCAUUAAGUGGGAUGGUCCAAAAAGCAGCAAACUCAAUUCAAAAUUUUGGAAGCGCUUAGUCUAUGAAAUGCCCACAAAAAAGAAAGAAGUGCUAUCUAGGCAGCAUGUCAUGGAUAGUGGGGAGCGAAGUCUUUUUGGAGACCUGCAAACUGUACCCUCCAUUGCCAUAACAGGGACAUCUAGCACGCUGGCACCACCUCAAGAAAUUACAGGUUACCAUCAUGCAGAGGCCAUGCAAAUGAGACAUUUCUGCAGAGUUUAUGAGAAACCAGCUCCACCUUUGUCAGUAGCACCUCUAGGUAAUCACCAUACAUAUUGCAACAUACCAUUAACGCUGCUCAAUGGACAGCUGAGCCACAACAGUGUGGGCAAAGACCCGCAGGAGUACCACGGCAACAAUACUCUGAUACCAAUCACUUCAAGAGAGCUUGGCAUUUCCAGUGAUAUCUGGUAG